GCGCCUCUAACUGCAGACAACUGAGGGCAGAGCAUGGGCCAUCUUGGUAGAAUAGUCCUUCUUACUCAGUUGCUAACCUUACAUCAUAUUUGGGGUAAGAUAAACUUGCAUGUUACAUAUUUGCACGUGUUUUAUUGGUAUUUGUCAUUUUGCGGUGGUGGCGCGUGUAACGUUUCCUCGGAGGUUCACAAUAUUUCCAUCGCCUGAUUCGCAGCUGUUUUAUGACGUGUAGCCAACAUUUAUUAUAUACCUGCACUUGAUAGCGCAUGUUAUGAAAAUACUUGCUUUAAAAUGUUUAUUGACUUGCGACUGCACCUUUGGGACUACACCAAAUCGAAGUAAUUCAUUCAAAGUUUCUGUAGCCACUUUGUGUUUUCAUAUCUCUUGCUGUAGAGUAGGUAUAGGCUUAGCGCUCGAAAAACCUUCUCUCUGCAGGGUUUUCAGCACAAAUCCUAGCCUUAUAUAGGUGUGUAGUAAUUUAACCUUUUUUUGUUUUUUGAAAAUUAUUUAUUGCUGAUAUUAAAGAUCCGUUCCUUAUGUUUCCAAAACCGUAUCGCAAGCGAUGCGUGUUCACGUUUAGAGCAAGAGUCGGGGCUCUUAACAAAAGUAUCGUUAAUCAAUAAUCGCUGAAGGUAGUUAUCAUCUAUGAAUGGGCUUGGAUAGUCUAUAAGAAAAUUCCAAAUGUAUUUCUCCAUUUGUAUGCAUUAUAGGAAACACCCUGCCGACCUGUGACACCAAAUAUAAGAAAACUAACAAACGGGGAGAGACUGCUUGAACUUGUCCAAUAAGAAAUGCUAUUUUUGCUACAGUGCACUAUGAAUAUGAUCCAGAUCACAUGUACAUAAAAUAUAUUGAUAUAAGGGAUUAAUUGCAUAUGACAAUUUUGUCAUUUGUGAAAAGAGACUUUCAUUUUGGCUGUGUUUCAGGGGAGCGGACCUGCCCAGGGUUUCUGUGUAAAGAUGGAGGCUGCAUUGUCCAGAGUGCUCUCUGUGAUGGCACCACAGACUGCCGUGAUGGCUCUGACGAGUUAGAAGACCUCUGUGGUAAGAGCUAUGGGAAAGAUGACACCUCUGCCACCAGGGUUGGGCUCAAGUAACACAUGGAACAAAUUGCUCUGAAAGUCAGUGUGUGAAGUGCACAUUUCUUUAUCCAUCCGAUUUCCUCACAGCCUCUUUCAUAAUCUUAAACACGGGGGGGGCACAUUCACUAAGCCUUUGCACAAAUGCAAACUUUGCUUAAAGCGGCAAUCAGUAGUUGAAACAAUAACAAAGCGUUCUCCCCUGUUUCGGUAAAAGGUUGAGGGCUGGAGAAAUUAAACCACUUUCAAAUUCAUAGGCAUAACUAUGGAUGCAAGGACUGACCAUCCAUUAUAUAAAAAAUAUAGUUUUAACCAUGUUUUGAGGUUAUAUAGGGUUUGUUUACAUUUACUUUGUUUACAAACAUUGGAGUGAAACUAGCAUAUAUUUUGCGGUACGACAGUUGAACAAAGCUGAGGAGGCAUUUCAGUUAUAUUCUUCAAGAAUCAAUGGGUACAUUUCUUUAAUUCAGAAGUCCAACAAUGGAUGAAGCAACUACACAUUGCCCCUUUAAAUUCCAGAGGGAUUAAAGCAUAACAGUAACCAGCAAAUCCAGGUUUACAAAAUAAAAAUACCUAAACAGCAAUAAAUAAAGCUGAGCUGUGUUAGUACACCAAUGACAGAAUGUGUAAGGGCAGUGUGCAAUAUGUAAUAUGUAUGUGGUUGUACGUGAUGUGUAGAAUAUGUAUGACAUGGGUAACGUACAGUGUAUGUAUUAUGUUGUUGAGUGUGUAAUGUACAGUGUCCUUUUUUCUUAGACAAUUUUCCCCUUGAGGACAUUUUAAGGUUAAUUCUAUCCUAUUCUAUACCAAAUGGAAAAGUCGGUCAGUUUACUAUAAUAAUAGAUAAUAAUAAUAGGUGCAAACUUUGCAUUUAAAAGUUUAGGAAUUGUGCCCCUUUAUUUAAAGUACAUGACCACUAAUUCCUCUCUAUGGGCUCUAAUCCUUCCCAGGUGUUCUCCAAUGUAAGAAGGAUGAGUUUGCCUGCGGCAGUAGGCGAUGUGUAUCCCUCCGCUUCCGCUGUGAUGGCACUGAUGACUGUGGCAACGGCAGUGACGAAGCCUCCUGUCAGAACUGUACAGCCGACUCCUUCCUCUGUGAGCGGACAGGGAGAUGUGUUGCCAGGGUCAAGCUGUGUGACGGACGGCCCGACUGCCCUGAUUGGCAGGACGAGGGCGCUGACGCAUGUCCCUCCGGCCAGCCCUCUGCCCCUCACACCUGCUCCAACUCUGAGUUCAGUUGUGGGGACGGCCAGUGUAUGCCUCACUCCUGGAGAUGUGACCACUCGCCUGACUGUGCUGACGCGAGUGAUGAGGACGACUGUGGUGAGAUAUAACUUUUGUCACUUUAAAACAUUACAUCUAGAUCAUUAGGUAGAAAAUAGAAGAAUAUGUACUGAAACGGGGACCACCUGGACUUGUCUAAUUUGAACACAACCAUGCACUGCUGCUCUCAUCCUUAUAGACCAGCAGGUGGCAAAAUAGUCUAGCCCUCGACUAAAAAGCACUUUCAAUUUUCUAUUGAGCAUGCUUUUAGUCCAGGAGUAGGCUUAAGAAACUGGCAGAACAUUCUGGAAUUUUAGAGAAUAUAUAUUUUUGGUCUGUGCGCUAUAAAAGUACAAACGAGCUUUGUUUCACAUUCUGUAAUGCAUUCCCUGAUAGCCUACAUAGUGUCACAUUGUUUGGAUAGGUAAUGUCCCUUAUCACAAUGAUAUCUUUAAUUAUGUGUGUGUCUAAGCUUCUGUUUUGUUUGGCACGGUACACUCUGCUUGGCUAAAAUAUUGACAUUUAAAGGCAGACUAUGUUGGUUGACUAAUUUGAAUGAUGCAGGCACAUUUCUUAAGUAAUGACAAUGGACAAAUGUUCUCCAACUUGUUUACGACAAUGCUACAGAAUGAUUGCUCAAUGUUCUAUUGAACUGUUUUGGUCCUGUAUUCACUCUUUCCUGUCACUGACCCUGUAUCUCUCCCUGUGUAGAUCAGAAUGAGUGUCUGGUGAACAAUGGUGGUUGUUCUCACCUGUGUGUGGACCAGCCAAUGGGCUUCCUCUGUGACUGCCCUGCUGGCAUGAGGCUGGUGCACGACUCCCAGUGUGAGGGUGAGUGGCAUCUUCGAGAGACAUUGAUGGGGCCCAGAAUUUUCCGGACCAUGUGAUCAACAGUCGGUCCCAGGUCAUGUGGUCAGGAUAACUAAUUGCCCGAGUAAUUGGUCACACCAGCGCACUACAAUGCAUCUGUGAUAAUUGGUUGAUUAGAUGACUCAAAUUAAACUUAUGGUAGACUCCAAUUCACAUAGAGUAGAUAUCCUCUUGAAAUAAUGAAGUACCCCCUUUUUUCUCAGAAAUUGACACGUGCCUCGACACUGACGUCUGCAAUCAGCUAUGUGUACAUGUCAACGGGACUUUCUCCUGCGACUGCCAUGAGGGCUACCUGAUGAGCCCAAGGACAGGGGAGUGUAAAGCUAAAGGUGAGGGCAAAUUCUAC